UUUUCUAGUCCUGUCCGUCAAAUUCCCUGGAUGGUCGCGACGGGAGGUCGCUUGAGAAGCCUUGUAGACCGGAUCGGCGGCGUUCGCAGAUUUGUGCGAAGGGGAAGAGGAAUUCGUGAGCGAAUAGCGAAUUUAAGAUUCUGUAGGGUGUAAAUUUGUCAUUUAUUUUGGUUAAAUCCUGCUCAAAUCCUGCUACUAAACAGCCCCUCAAUCAUCUCCCUUGCGAUUUCUCUUGCGCCAGAGAUAGGAACCCUAAUUUGAGGAAAGCGAAACCCGAAAAUUCAGACCUCAAUCUUGCAAUUUUGGGCGUUAAUAUCUGUGAUGAGGCCCAUAAGGCUCCCGGAAUCGCCCACCGGAGCGGUGGGGAUGCCGGAAAUCUUUGAAGGCGGGGUUAACGUUAUAAGAAGAGCAGUCGUGAUUGGGAACGGUUUCGCCGGGGCUGAGAGCCAAAGCAUUGGUCUGAUUCGUGCGCUCGGGCACUUUGAUAGCCUCACAAUAUAUCAUGCCAUCAGACCAAGAGGAGGGUAUAACAACUGGUUAAGAUGGCUUCCUUUAUCCUUUCACAAAAUCAUUGAUGGCAUCAUCAAACAGUUGCUUGGAAACUCUAGAUUUGCUAUGAUGUCAAAAGGGGAAAAAAUUUCUCCAUUUCCCGCUCGAAAUGGCGGAAUUAUUGGUUUGUCAUCAAUUCUAGAAGCUGAUGCAAAGCAUAUUGCCUCCAUUGCCCGUGAGAAUUUUGAGAAGGAAGGGCUCCUUUUAGUUGUUGCUUCUGGAUGGGAUACUGCAUCUAUAGCUGCUUCAAUAAAACGAUUGGCUCCCCAAAAUGUUUUCGUAAUUCAGAUACAACAUCCUAGAUCUCGUUUGGAUAGGUUCGACUUAGUUGUAACCCCUCAACAUGAUUAUCAUGCUCUGACCCCUCAAGGAAAGCAAGAGAUUCCUCGGUUAUUGCGGAGGUGGAUAACUCCUCGUGAACCUCCUGGCCGGAAUGUGGUUCUUACAUUGGGUGCAUUGCACAUGGCUGAUUCUGCUGCGCUGAGAAUUGCUGCUUCUGAAUGGCAUGACGAGCUAGCACCUUUACCAAAACCCUUGAUUGUGGUUAACAUUGGAGGACCAACAAGACAUUGUCGAUAUGGUGCAGACCUGGCUAUACAAUUAGCAGGUUCGCUACACAAUUUCUUGCCCUUCUGUGGAAGUGUCAGAAUUUCUUUCUCUAGGCGAACUCCUCAAAAGGUUUCUGACAUUAUAUUGAGAGAACUGGGUGAUGAUCCCAAGGUUUAUGUAUGGGAUGGAAAAGGGUCCAACCCACAUAUGGGACAUCUGGCAUGGGCCGAUGCCUUUGUCAUAACUGCUGACUCUAUAAGCAUGUUGAGCGAGGCUUGUAGCACAGGGAAACCUGUUUAUGUGAUUGGAGCAGAACGUUGCACUUGGAAAUUCUCUUCUUUCCACAAGAUGCUGCGUGAGAAGGGUCUGGCUAGGUCAUUUACAGGACUGGAGGAUAAUUUUGGAGCUAUCCUCCUCUCAAUGAUGCUGCUGAGGUUGCUUUGCGCGUUCGUGAUGCUCUUGCAGAGCGAGGGUGGAGUUUAAGACGGUAGCAGGUUUCUAUGAUACACAUCCCCACAGCAGAAUUCUCUUCAUUUUUUUGUUUUUUUGGUUAUUCAGCUUUUGCACUUCACAUUGAGUUCUCUUCUGCAGCUGUAAAAAUAAAGUUACAGAGCAUUGUUUGUAUAAUUUAAUGAGCAAGUUUCCUUAUAGCCAACACUAAUGAUCAAUAUGGAGAGAAAUUAUUCUGUGCGGAUGCUGGACGCAGCUCUACAUCCGGAUGUCGCGGUAUUGAGUGGUACUGAGCUGCGGUACAGUAAAAAGGUGAUGUGGCGCAUUCGGAUUAGUCUUAGGACAGCGUUCGGCGUCUGCAUAUAUGAUACCAUUUUCUGUUAAAAUUUUUUUCUUCUUUAUGUAGUCAUCUAUGUAUUUUUCCAGUGGGCUCUGCUUUUCAACUAUUUAACUCAAUCUUUUAUUUUUCUUAUUUGAAUUUGGGACUUUGAUAAUGAAAGUGUUAAAGUAAUGACAUUGUUGUGGUUGUAGUA